GAUGAUUGCCAGUGCACGCACGUGUGCCCGCAGCGUGCGCUGAAUCACAACACAACCAGUGGAACCGGGGUCAGUAGUUGUGUCGUUCAAGUGGACAGACAGGCGGGUCCGACGACCAGGGGAUUGAUGAAAAAUGUUCGCUUAUGCGUACGCCAGGAACAGUCGGGCCAUCCCUUCAAAAUGAAUAGCUUGGAUGGUGUGGCGUUGUGUUGUUCACUUUUCCCAGUGCAGUUAUGCGACAUUUUGCUGGCUUGUGUUUUCUAAAUGGCACGGUGUGGUAACUUUACAGUACUGUACUGUACUGUAGUUCAUAAAAUUCCCUAAAGAACAACUUUAAUUGUUUUCAAAUUCAUCACCAGCUACCCAGCAGAUCAAGCCAGCUUUCGUCAGUAACUACGCGAACAGCGCUUUCGUUUCGCCCGCAAAAACCCCAUGUCUUCCGGUAGUAGUCUUUUCCGUCGCUCCUCCGUCCCGACCACCAAAGCAUCUGAGUCAGAUGAAUCACACGACGUACAACCAUCUACGCCGCAUCCGAAUACAAGUAUUACCAAUCCACUUGGCCUUGGUGGAAAGGCCAAAAGAGAAUGCUUUGUCUUUGAACCGCAACAGUGGAGGAGAACUGUGUGCAAAAACUGCUUCCGGACUCAACCAGAACACAAACAGACCUCCGGAAAGGAAGAGAUUCCCGGGGGCCCGACAGUUAUCUUACGGCGGGCAGACAGCUUUGGUCAGGCUACAACCACAUCUUCAACGACAUCAACUACUGGACAGGUGGGCACGGAUUCCAGUGAUGGCUUACUGCAUGAAUACAAGACUGUUCGGGACAAUGGACGCAGUUCUGCCACCACACUGAGUGGAACUGCCGCAAGAGCAGCGGCAAGAAAAGUUGCUGUUGGACAAAAAAGCUCAGAUGAAUACCGAACCCUACAAACCACUUACCCGGAUUCACGUCGCUGUCCGACAAAUAACAGUGCUGGUACACAAGUUACUGGCGGUGUAUAUUCCUCAGCAUCAAGUAUAGACGCUCGUUAUAUUGAAGAGCUGGAGAAUGACUUCUUUGCUCUUGAGGACAAACAUGAAGCGACAUUAAGAGAACGGGACGAAUUGGUGACGGAACUAGAAGCAAAGAUACGCAGUAUCUCUGAUUUACAUGCCACAUUGGAGCAGUAUAGGGAGAAAGUGAAUCAUCUCGAAAGACGCUGCCUCCACUUGGAAGAAGAAAUCAAAGGCUACCGUGAGCGCCUGCGGUUACCAGAAAGUGACCAAAGCCCAACCUCCCCUGAGAGGAUAGUUUCGGAGCGGCGAAGUGAUAGCCCCAAAUCUGCAUCAUCCCACGUGGAAGCAGCGUGCAGUAGCGAACUACAGCAGCGUCUAAACGAGGUGGAGCAGCUUUGUCAAGAAGUGAUGGAAGAGAAUGAGCAACUCAAAGAAGAGGUCGAGGAAAUGCAACGUGAGAUUGAAGAAAUGCAUGAUCACUUUCAGGAGGAUGACCGGGACGCAGUUCGCGAGCUCCAGCGUGACUUAGAAGCUGCAAAUAAGACUUGCCGAAUUCUUCAGUUCAAACUUCGUAAAGCAGAACGACGAUUUGAUCAGUGUGAAGCCGAAAGGGCAAAUUUGGAGGAGCGUCUCGCUCGGCUGGAGGCCGAACUGUACAGUGAAGCAGAUGUCGCGCAUAUAAGGAAUCUGGAGGAAGAAGUUCGAGUCGCCAAAGAAGUUAGUAUGCGGUUAAACAACGAACUGGAUAUGAUGGAUGAGAAACGGACUUUCUACGAGGAAGAAAAUCGACAACUUAAAGAGGAGCUUCAGGCUUGCCACAAUCGCCGCAUUACGGUUGAGAACGAAUUAGGCCGUCUCAGGUUGGAAACUGAGAAGCUCAAAGUCGAAAAGGGAAUUUCGGACAAAGGACCCUUACAAGUGACGGACAAAAACAGGGCCCGGAACACCAGUUCACGUCCCUCACUCUCUAGAGAAGCAUCAUUCGAAGAGCAACAACUUCAACGGGAGCUCGACUCAUCCAGAGAGAGGGAGGCCGAUUUGUCUGAGCAACUGCGCUUUGCUGAAGAAGAGAUCCGGAAAUCGAAAAGGAGGAUGAAAGAAUUACGCGCUGAGAAUGAUAUGCUAACUAAAAAGAUAGAACGAUUUUUCGCCUCACAAUCACGUGACGCGGCCCAGUACAAUCAGCUUAUAGGGAUGAACGAGACGUCCGCACUGAAUCAGACGAAGGGUCGCUUCACAUCUGAUGCAUCUUCAGAUGCGCAAGAAUUGGAAAAUCUUCGCAAUCAACUCAAUUUGAUCCAAGACCAUUUGGCACGCAUAGAACUGGAGCGUGAUCAGCUGCAGGGGGAGAAUAAACGGUUGAGAUUAAACGAAUCGGACAGCAGACCAGACCAAGAGACUGGAACCGACAUGGAAAAUUUACUUCAGGAAAAUGAUACACUAAAGCGAAAAUUGAAAGAAUUGGAUAGAAAGUUACGUGCACUCAGUCGUGAGAUAGUGCUGGUAGGGUCUAUUGAAAGAGACAAUGAAUGGAUCGAGAAGUAUAACGAUGCCAAGGAGACAAUCAAGGAGCAAGAGUCUCAGCUUUUCAGAGCAAAGAAGCGCAUUACUGAGCUGCAGGAUGAAAACACCAAACUACGUGCGGACGGAAAGAAAACGGAGCAGAAAGCACGAAGGGAAAGAGAGAAGGGCAACACUUCUCCGCAUCUCAGCCGCGAAGUGUUAGCACAAGAAGUGAAAACUUUGGAAGAGGAACUGGAUGAUGUAACAGCUGAUCUGACUGCAGCUCGUGAACAAGCCUGCACGGCUCAGUUACGAGUCACUUAUCUUGAGGAUAAUAAUACGGAGAUGAGAACGGAAGCAGAACGACGAGAGCGAGAGCUACUUUCUCAUCUAUUCCAUCUACAUAGCAAAAAUGAACUUAUGCAAAAUCUUGUCCACAUUCUACAAGAACGAGCGGAUAAUCUACAGACUGAAAUGGAUCGGUUGCUCGGAAUUGCCCAGUGGGAGGAAUGUGCAGAGAAUCAGAGAGGUGAACAACGGGGUCAUGUCACUGAAGACGACCAGGUCUUCAGACCACAUGCAAAAGCCACGUCAGAUUCGAGUGAAAUCAAGCGUCAACUCCGAGAGCGCAUCACCAUCCUUGAACAACAGCUGAGAGAGGAACGUCGAUUGCGAGAGGCAGUAGAGCAGCAUCUGCUCAAGAUGACCAAUGACGGAGGCAUCGGUCCCGCAGGCUCUGCAGAGAAUCAGCUUCGAACAAAACAGCUGGACUUACUCAAGAAGGAGUUGGAAGAAAAAGAUGAAAUUCUCGAGUCGAAAGAUGAACAGAUAGCGGAUCUCAAGUGUCGCAUUGAGCAAUCCCGAAAAAUGAAUGACGCGCUUCGAGCGCUUAUGGAAAAGGACUCAGGCAGUGAUAAGCAACUUGAGUCCAGUGUGGAAAUUACAAGUUAUCGAAAGGAGAUCGAAAGCGCUCGGAAGGAGAUGCAAAUUCUGAGAGAUAAUCUGCACCAAGCAGAAAAACUUCGUGAACGUCUUAUCAAAGACAACCGGGAAUUGCAGGAGGAAUUAAAAUUGCGUGAAGAUUCCAUUUUUGAACAAGACGAUGAAAUCGAGAGGAGAAAUGCCGAGUUACGUGCCGUGAAGGCAAACCUAGAAGCAAUGCAACGAGAAUUGGACCAAACGAGGCGCGAAACGAGUCAGGUGAAGUCACGUGAAUCAUCUGGUACCUCCGGUCGACUGAGCGCUCAGAUAGCACAGAAUGAGCAACUCCGAGCUGAACUGCAUGAAACGUCCAGACAACUAAACGAGCUCAAGCUGAAAUACGAAGAUACGAAGCAAGCUGCUACCGCAAAUGAAGAGAAGUUCACGCAGCUGUCCAAUGACAUGGACCAACUCAAAGUCACGUUGCAAGAGAAAGACGUAAUCAUUGUCGAUCUGAAUAGGCGUUUGCACCAACUCACUGAAGAAGCGGGUCAAAGCAGAUUGGCUGGUCAGAAUGCUCAAACGGAGAAGAUGAAUUUGGAACGCCAGUUGGUAGAAACGAAGAAUGCCCUCAUGAUCAAAGAACAAGAAUAUGCCAAGUUGCAAUCCCAAAUGAGGGAAGCCAGCGGUAGCAUGCGACCAGGUGAUCGAUCAGCUAGCUCACAGGAAAGCGGAAUCGGUUUGUCAGACAACUCAGCUGGCCGCGAUGGAACGCUGAGUAGGCGUAGUGCCGAAGUUGACAGGCUGAGACGAGAAUUAUCGCUGAUACGCCGGGAACGGGACGAUCUACUGGAUGAAAUUAAACAUCUACGAAUCAAACUGGAAAAGCAGCAGGCUGCCUAUGAGCAACAGAAGAAGGAGUCUACUGGUGGUCUCGUUGGCCUGCCCACUGGAAAUGCUUAUGCCAAAGCUAUUGCAGCACAACAGACGACCACCAAGAUAAACCUUUUGAACGAACACAUUGCCUCACUGAAUCGAACAAAUAUGGAAUUGAAGCUUCAGAACGAGUCAUUACAAAAUCACAUGCUCGAUUACCAACGCCGUUACCGCAGUCUAAAGGAGCAGUAUGAAGGCGAACAGGAGGCUUGGUUGACAGAACGAGUUGUGUUGGAAUCGAAAGCCAAAGAGCAAGAGGAUCGUAAACUGACAAUUGCGAAUACCAGAAAAAUUCUUCACGAAACCACCAUCCGGCUACUGGAUCUGGAACGUGCCUCGGAGAAAAACAUCCAAGAAUUACAGUCGGCUAACGAAAACCUGUUGAACGAGAAGAAUAGCUUGGAGUUGAAACUAGGCCAACUUGAGGAGCAUCAGAAACUGCCUAAAGUUCUUCAACGUUUUGGCGCCGCAACCACUAGUACCCGCAACGGCGUUUUGGCCGCACAGACGAGAGGCGUUUCCGCUGGGAACAUGGAGCUUAUGCGUCGAGUUGAGGCUGCCGAGAGAACAGUUGCAAAGUUGAGGGCUGAACUAAACGAGGUGAAAUCGGCGAAACACGCUGAACAGAUAGCAGCGCUGGAAGACGCCGAAACUGCUAAACAUGCAGCGGAGCAGGAAGCUGAAGACUUGCGUGAUCGACUGCUGACAAUGGAAUGCUAUCGACAACAAGCCGAACUGUUCCGACAUCGACACUUCGAAGUCGAGGAGGGAAUGGAGAAAGAAAUGAAAUGGUGGCAGGAGGAACGGGAACAUCUGAUCUAUCGAGCCGAAGAGGCCAGAGUGAUGGUUGAGCAAUGGCUGACGCAAUUACAAUGCCGAGUUGAUGGAGAUUCAGAGAAAGCGGAUGAUGUUGUUGCGGAUGUUGUAAAACAGAUGGACAAAUGGCGAAACAGCCGAGGCAAAGUGCCUUGUCUGAAGCGCAGAGACAGCGGUGAUUCAGCAGGGAUGGUAGAUUCGUUGUACAACUUUGACGCUUCUGCUGGCCCUGGGAGCGUUCCUGCGAGUCCGGCUACAAGUCUUACAAGAAACGGCCUAUUUUCUUCAUCGGCUAUCACUCCUCUAUCUGGAAUUCGUGGUCAUACUCAGAGGUCUACAUCGAUGGAGUGGGGAAAUGGACGCUCGGCACUUGCCUCCAACUCCUCCACCACAGGCACUUCGUAUGGACCACACUACAGAGAAAGCAGUCUUGGAAUAAGCGGACUGAGUGGACCUUUGCGCGGAAGCGCCUUGAGCUUAGCGACUGGAGCCGGUAUUGGUGGCGGAAGUAGCUACAGCCUGAUAACAGCUAAUCGAUGUGGUCGUUCUGUCUCACCCGACGUUUCAGUUCGUAAGCUCUCAAAUUACCCAGAUCCCACCCCCGGAUUCCUUGUACGUCCAACUUCCCAACAAGGCUCGCAUGACAGCCUCUCCAGCAUAAUCGACUACACUCAACACGCUUUUACUCUUCCAGGCAAACCCCCCAUGAGAAGUGCAAUAUCUCCAGCCAGAAAGCGAUUCUUUGAGGACGUGCCUCCUUUGCCACCCAGUGUAAAGGUUGCUGUCACACAGGCUGCAGCCGAAUCUAAACGUAGUGGAAGGGACAUUGAGAGUGGAAGCGAUCGCCAACCUGUUUCAUCAACAAAUGCUACUAGCAGCACCGACAACUCAUCGCGCGUCGGAUCACCCGGAGUGCAGAGGGUCAGAAAAGGUUCUUCCCAGCCACCUCCCACCACUGCCAGCAUUUCCGUUACAAGUUCCGUUAUAAGUGAACAAGCGAAACCAUCAAUCGCGGAUCGCUUUGCAAAAUGGUCAUCACCCGGUUCCAAAUCAGGCAGUAAGACCACACUUAAUGAAACUGGUAAGGAAGGGGAAUCGCUAAAAGCACCGAAUAAGAAGUACGAAAGGGAUGGCAAAUCCAAAACGCGUGACAAAUCGCCGAAAUCGCCAAAUGGGCAAAAAAUGCUACCAAAAUCCAGUUCAAAGGAAAAUAAAAAUGAGAACGACCAACCCAAACAAAGUGACGCGUCUAAAAGCGUCACACAGAAUGAAACGGAACCGGAACGGGUAACUACUCCUGCAACCAAGACAGUUAGACGAUCUGGGUCAGUGUCCACCAUUUCUCCUGCCAUUAUGGCUCUCCGACAGAAGUUCGCUGGUGGCAGUAAACCGUGAAGCAGAGAGAAAUUAUCCUUAACAAAACCAAUUGUAUACUUUGAUAUUCCUUCGUUCCAUCACUGUUCAGCGAGUUCAAAAUAUGCAUCAGGAAUAAAAUUGAUUUGUAAUUC